UCCGGCGAGUGAGAUCAGCAACAGGAGUAGUAGUCUUCGUAGUCGUAGCAUUCAUGGCGUCGUCGUCGUCGUGGCUCGUGGUGGUCUCCGGCGCCGUGGUCUGCAUGGCGGCGCUCGUCCCGGCGUCGCACGCCGCCCGCGCCUUCUUCGUCUUCGGCGACUCCCUCGUCGACAACGGCAACAACAACUUCCUCAUCACGUCGGCGCGCGCCGACUCGCCGCCGUACGGCAUCGACACCCCCGACCACCGCGCCACCGGGAGGUUCUCCAAUGGCAAGAACAUGCCCGACAUUAUCAGCGAGCACCUGGGGGCGGAGCCGGUGCUGCCGUACCUGAGCCCGCACCUGGACGGCGAGAAGAUGCUCGUCGGCGCAAACUUCGCGUCGGCCGGCAUCGGCAUCCUGAACGACACCGGGGUCCAGUUCGCGAACAUCAUACACAUCGAGAAGCAGAUCCGGUACUUCGAGCAGUACCAGGACCGGCUGCGCGCGCUCGUCGGCGAGGAGGAGGCGAGGAAGGUGGUGGCCGGCUCGCUGGUGCUCAUCACGCUCGGCGGCAACGACUUCGUCAACAACUACUACCUCAUCCCCUACUCGCCGCGGUCGCGGGAGUUCUCGCUGCCCGACUACAUCCGCUACAUCCUCUCGGAGUACAAGCAGGUGCUGCGCCACCUCCACGACCUCGGCGCGCGGCGGGUGCUGGUCACCGGCGUGGGGCCGAUCGGGUGCGUGCCGGCGGAGCUGGCGCUGCACAGCGCCGACGGGCGGUGCGACACGGAGCUGCAGCGCGCGGCGGACGCGUACAACCCGCAGCUGGUGCGGAUGCUGGCGGAGCUCAACGCGGAGGUCGGCGGCGACGUGUUCGUCGGCAUCAACACGAAGCGCGCCCACGACGACUUCAUCGAGGACCCGCAGGCGCACGGCUUCGCGACGUCGACGGAGGCGUGCUGCGGGCAGGGCAGGUUCAACGGCAUGGGCCUCUGCACCGUCGUCUCCAACCUCUGCGCCGACCGCGACGCCUACGUCUUCUGGGACGCCUUCCACCCCACCGAGCGCGCCAACCGCCUCAUCGUCCAGCAGUUCAUGGACGGCUCCCCCGACGUCAUCACCCCCAUGAACCUCAGCACCAUCCUCAAGCUCGACCAGCAACCUCUCAACUGAUCCAUCGCCAUUGUUGCUGCAUUCCUUCGCAUCGCAUCGCGCCAAUGGCGCCAUCUCGUCUUCCCGCGCGUUUUCGUUUCGAUUUGAAUUAAUUGUUCCACGUAUUAUGCACGUAAUUAGUUCAUUAGCUGUUGCUAGAUAAUAUCAUAUAGAUUCCACAUAAAACCAUAUGUGAGCUCGAUCAUCUCCGGCCAUCAGAUCGAUCGAUCACUCGUCAUAUAUGUACUGCGUUGUGUAUGUAACGUGGUGUGUUCUUGCUUCAAUCAUAUCAUUAUUGAUAGGUUUUAAUCUAAGCAAUUUUUCCUACGUAUGAUUUUAUUAC